AACCCCGCCGUGAGUUAGCGAAACCUGUCAUUUGACGAGUUGAAUAUUUACAGCGCAUCAUUAACUCUGUUCCUUGUGGCACCCGUGCACCAUAUAUAUCUUACAAAUAUACGCGUUUUAGCAGACAUUUUUAUGCGAUUCACAUUUCUUCCAUCAGUUUCUGCCCUUUCUUUGAAGAGAGAACAGUUGUUUUGAUAAUCCAAUUGAAGCUCGAAACAUAAUUUAUUUUUUUUCAGUAAGGUUCAUACAGUUUUGGAUAUGGAACCCAUUCCUGGCGGCGUUAAAUUGACAGGAUAUGUGGGUGUUUUGGUUUCGGAUCCUUGGUUGCAAAGCCAAUUCACCCAAGUGGAGCUUCGCUCUUUGAGAACACAAUUUCGGUCCAUGAAGAAGGAAACUGGCAGAGUGACUUGCAAUCUAUUGAAAACUGGCUUGACCAAUCUGAAGGCAUUUAAGGAGUUGUUUAGCGAGGAGGAAGUGGGAGAUAUUGUGGCUAAAGACCAUCCAGAUGCUGAAGAGGAUAUUGAUUUUGAAGCUUUUCUAAGGAUAUACCUUAAUCUGCAGACAAACGCAACCACAAAAUCGGGUGUUUCAAAGAACAAUUCUGCAUUUCUGAAGACUGCUACAACCACCUUGCUUCACACAAUCAAUGAAUCUGAGAAGACUGCAUUUGUGGCACAUAUCAACAGCUACCUUGAAGAUGAUGUGGUGAUGAAAAGAUACCUUCCCAUUGAUCCUCUGACAAAUGAUCUUUUUGAGAUCGUCAAAGAUGGCAUUCUUCUAUGUAAAUUGAUUAAUGUAGCUGUUCCUGGUACCAUUGAUGAUCGAGCAAUAAAUACAAAGAAGAAUCUCAAUCCUUGGGAGAAGAAUGAAAAUCAUACACUUUGUCUCAAUUCUGCAAAGGCAAUUGGAUGCACAGUAGUAAAUAUUGGAACACAAGAUUUAAUUGAAGGGCGGCCACAUCUUGUUCUUGGCCUGAUAUCUCAAAUUAUCAAGAUUCAAUUGCUAGCAGACCUAAAUUUGAAGAAAACGCCUGAACUUGUUGAGUUGAUUGAUGAUAGUAAGGAUGUGGAGGAGCUCAUGAAUCUACCACCUGACAAGGUUUUGCUGAAGUGGAUGAAUUUCCAUCUUCAAAAGGCAGGUUACAAGAGAAAUAUUACAAAUUUCUCUUCAGAUGUAAAGGAUGGAGAAGCUUAUGCUGUCCUGCUAAAUGUCCUGGCACCAGAGUAUUGUAGCCUCACUACCCUGGAUACUAAGGAUCCUAUGGAAAGGGCAAACAUAAUUCUUUCCCAGGCAGAAAAAAUGAGCUGUAAACGAUAUUUGUCUCCAAAAGAUAUUGUGGAAGGGUCACCAAAUCUUAAUCUUGCAUUUGUUGCUCACCUUUUUCAUGAAAGGAAUGGAUUGUCGCUUGAUUCAAACAAGAUAUCCUUUGCGGAGAUGAUGAAUGAUGAUGUGCAUGUAUCUAGAGAAGAGAGAGCUUUCCGCUUAUGGAUUAACAGUCUUGGUAUUGACACAUAUGUCAAUAGUGGUUUUGAGGAUGUUCGAAGUGGAUGGGUCCUCCUGGAAGUGCUUGACAAAGUGGUCCCUGGAAUUGUAAACUGGAAACAAGCAAAUAGGCCUCCCAUAAAGAUGCCGUUCAAGAAAGUGGAAAAUUGUAACCAAGUAAUCAAGAUUGGGAAACAGCUUAAGUUUUCACUUGUUAAUCUUGCUGGAAAUGAUAUAGUGCAAGGAAAUAAAAAAUUAAUUCUAGCAUAUUUAUGGCAGUUGAUGCGAUAUAGCAUGCUUCAACUUCUCAAGAAUCUUAGGCUGCAGUCAAAUGGCAAAGAGAUAUCAGAUUUGGAUAUUUUGAAUUGGGCAAAUACAAAAGUCACAAGCACAGGCAGAACUUCGCGGAUGGAGAGCUUCAAGGAUAAAACUCUUUCAAAUGGAAUAUUUUUCCUUGAACUUUUAAGUGCUGUUGAGCCUAGGGUAGUGAAUUGGUACAUUGUCACAAAAGGCGAGGAUGAUGAUGAGAAGAGGUUAAAUGCAACCUACAUAAUUAGUGUGGCAAGGAAACUUGGGUGCUCAAUAUUCCUUCUACCCGAAGACAUCGUUGAGGUUAAUCCAAAAAUGAUACUUACACUGACUGCAAGCAUUAUGCUUUGGAGUCUCACAAAACAAGCCAGUGAAGACACUUCUACUAUAGUUUCAGACAGUGAAAAUGGAAGUAUCGCCGGCAGUGUAUCAAAUCUUGUUAUUGAUGAUAGUGCUUCAGAGACUUCUUUACCUCCUGAUAAUGAAAGUGAAUCAGCUAGUGAAUAGAUCAAUUCGCUGAAAAUAGAAGUGCCAGCAGUUAUUUGAUUAGUAUAUUUGGCAUAUUUUGACAUCCAACUAUAAUGAUUGGAACUGGUUCAGGGCAUCACUUACAGAAAUUUUUACAGGAAGGGAAAAAUUCUUUUGUAUCAGUAGUCACGGUCAUGCGGAUUCUGCUGUACCAAUUAUCCAACAAGCUUGUGUCCAUGCCCUCUAACAGAAAAAUGAAUAUGUAAAAGUAACCUUACCAACUGCAGGUUAUCUUGGUGAUUGUGGUGUGUUUUAAGCCACGUCAGAACUGAUUAUUCUUGUAAAGACUAGAAACCUGCUGGUGAUAAAUGAUAUCAAUAGUACAUAUGGCGUCCUUAGUGGAUCAUAUACUCGGGGUUUAAAAGUUUAUGGUGCUACUUGUUGCACGUUUUCAUUUCUUUGGAAAAAGUGUCAAAUAAUUUUUUAUCAUUUUGUUUUUCA